AUGGGUACUAAACUUCAUUUCAGUACAACUUUUCAUCUACAAAUAGAUGGUCAUUCAGAAAGAACUAUUCAGACCUUGGAAGACAUGUUACGAGCUUGCGUACUACAAUUUAAGGGAAAUUGGGAUACUCAUCUUCCUUUGAUGGAGUUUGCUUAUAAUAACAGUUAUCAUUCGAGUUGGGAUGAAGUGAGCGAAAGAAAGUUAUUGGAUCCUGAAUUUGUUCAGAUUACUGCUAAAAAAAUCGAUUUGUCCAUGUAUUGGGUUUUUACAUAUGGUUGGCAUUCUUGGGCUAGUAAGGACGAAGAUCAAUUUGAAACCAUCAUUUUUUGUGAUAAAGUUGAGAGGCUAAUUCUAAUGGAUCAAGCAGUUUGCAGAAUAUGGAAGAUGUUCAGGUUUGUGGAAUCCAAAACUGAAAAUGUGGGUGACAAUGAAAAUGUUGUGGAUAAGGAAACUAUAGGAAGAGAUGAUAUUACUGUGCCUGCGGUUGGUAUGCAAUUCAAGGAUGAAAAAAGAGUGUAUGAUUUUUAUGCAAGAUAUGCUUAUGCCGUUGAUUUUCCAAUUAGGAAGAGGAGUUCAAUGAAGGAUGACGAUGGGUUUUGA